ACAUUCACACGCACAUCGGUCCAUCGAUUCUGCGGCAGCAGCGCAGGGGAAAGAAAAGUGUAAAAAUAAUUUUCAAAGUUGAUCUCCAUCCGUCUUGUCGAUUUCGUCCUCAAAAGAGUUUUGCUUCUAAGUCCUGUUCUUCAAAUUUUUUCGCACUAGUUCCGGUUCCACACGUUUUAAUGCGAGAAUCAAUAUCCGGCCGUUAACAUGUCCAGAAAUCAUUCUCAAACCUGUACUCAUUAAUGACCUCGAACUGAUGUGAAAUCCGGAUAAAAAAUUGCAAGCCUUUUGCCGUACUGAGCUGACUCGUUGCAUCUGUUGAAACAAGCGAAUCUUAACCCCAACGUAACGGAACGGAACUGGAAGUAUGACCAAGAUAAUGAAUUCGAGCAAACAGAGCAGUUCACUGUACGUGACGAACAACGGCGACGAAGUCAGCGUUCUGCUAAUCAGCAGUAGUGAUAGUAACAGUGCAUCCGGAGAGGUCCACCGGCGAUUGCAACAAGAUCCGGACGCAGAUGAACGGGCCAGUAUUAGUUCAACGAGCAACGAAACCGACUUCGAUGAGUAUCAUUCGCUGAUCGAUGAAUCACAGAAGAAAAGUGCCAAAGCUUACGCUCCCGCUGCCAUCCUGAGGGUUCGGGCCCGUGGAGCUGGGAACGUACCGGUGCCCGGUAACAACUGUACCCGGAAUAAGUUUUUCAUGUUCUGCCUUGCACUAUUUGGAUUUGCUACCUUACUGAUGAUGAAUCUGCCUAUGAACAACGAGAAAGGACGAAUCGGCACGAUAAGCGGAUGGAGUGCAAAUACCUCGCGUCAAACCGUGAAUUACGUGCUGCCGGGUGAAAACACAACGGUCAUUGAUCCGUUCAACGUUUGCAGUCACGAGGAACGCACCGGCGAUGGUAGUGAGCGUGAAAAAGUGUUCCUGCUGAUCGUGGUUUGCUCCUCGGCGGGCAACUUCGAGGCGCGUCAAACCAUUCGAGAAACGUGGGGCAACGUGAGUGAGUUCAACUAUUCUUAUUUUGCGCGCAUCCACGAGCACAUGAAGGAUGAGUACCUGCAGCCGAGACCGGUGCAUCGGUUCCGGGAGUACUUCCGGCGAACGGGCGCCGAUGAUGACGGAGGUGUGCCUUUGAAACCUUGGAAAGGGGACAGUAUCCCCACGGCCAAUGCUCGGAAUGUUUCCAGCAGCAACAAAUCUAGUCAGUCCAAUGUAACGGAGACCGUCUCCGCGCUCCUAGGUGACCUGCACGAAGGUCAGCUUUUAAACGUUAAAGUGGUAUUCCUGUUAGGUCAAUCGGAGACCGAUUACCUGCACCAACGGCGCAGGACCCUUAAUACCGAACAAACGACGGAUUCUCAGCGACAGCCGAUGCCUCCAGAAAUGCAAACCGUAUCCACCCGACCUGAAUCCAACAACCGAGCUCCAAGUGUAAGUUUAUUUCCGGCCGGAGACGACGUGGAUCCGGCUUUCAACGUACGCGAAGAGGAGCUAGACGAAAUGCAGAUGAAGAUCUUGAACGAAAGCGAAGUCUAUGGAGAUAUCAUACAAGAGAGCUUUAUCGAUAGUUAUAACAAUUUGACCCUUAAGACGAUCAUGAUGCUUAAAUGGGCCAUCAACAACUGCAACGGACGAGUGAAAUUUAUAAUGAAAUGUGACGACGAUACGUUCGUGAACGUACCGAAUCUAUUGCAAGUUCUACUCGGUGGAACGGUUCCGCUGUACAACGCCUCAUUGGCGUUCUACGACAGCCUUACUGUUGCCGUAAAAUCGAACAAGAAUCGUCUUCCGGAAACCAAGCGGCUGUUGACGGGAUUCCUGUUCUGUGGAGUGAAACCAAUAGCUGACACCAGCAGCAAAUGGUACUCACCCAACUACAUGUACAAUAAGGAGUACUAUCCCAACUAUCUGUCCGGUACCGCCUAUUUGAUGAAUUUGGACGCGGCCAAACUGUUGUACCGGGCAUCGCUAACAACGCCCAUCUUCCACCUGGAGGACGUCUACCUGACCGGCAUCGUGGCCGAUCGAGUGAAGCUGCAUCGCUCCCAUCAUCCGCUGUUUUUCUAUUCCUACACGAAAGACCUCUGUGCCUUGCGAGGCAUGAUCUCACAGCAUCAGUUGCAACCGGCGGAUCUCCAAAACGCAUACGAAUUCGUUACCAAUAGCAGCGUUACCUGCCGCGGCGUGGCACGCAACUUUACCAUGGCCAAGAUGAAACUGCAGCAACGAAAGAAAUGUCAAUGACAUCGAUUGGAAACCGGUGGGUAUCGGGAUUGACUAAAGGCCCACCAGGCCAAACCAGCUCGAUUUUUGGUUUCCAACCGAUUGAAGCGACCAUCGAAGCAGAUUCAGCGUUGACACAAUAACACAACUUUCAAUUUCGUGUUUUCCCUUUUGCGCGAUUUGCGAAUUCUCUUUUCGAGAUAUUUCUCCGUCUGAAAGAACAACAUCUAAAAAUUAUGGAUACAAUAGUAUUGUAGUUUUUUUUUCCUCUAUAUUUAGGUACUUUCAUGUUUUAACAUACCGGUUCACUGUAGCCGGACUAGCGCAGCAAUCGCCAAACUAAUUUCAUUUUUUAGAGGCAAUUUAAUCAAGAUGCCCUCAUGUUAAAUUCCUUCGGGCCGUUACUGUAGCAGUUUUAUGGAAGCCUUUAAAAGGAUACUAGAAUAGGUCAUGAAUGCCACUUUGCAGUAGAGUUUACUAUAUGAAUAGAAUUAAUAAGACAGAAUUAUGAUCGAAAAUCGUUUGAUUCAGCUGUGAUUUGAAGAAUAUUUUAGAUAGAUUUUACAAAAUGCUAGAAUAAACAAAGUUAGAUUCUUGUUAGUCAAUCAAAUCUAUGGUAAUAGCUGGUCAGAUAAAGUGAUUAUGCGCAUGAGAAGGCAUUUUGUUUGGUCCCAGGAGGGCAUUAAGUUUUCAGGAUAAUUCCAAUAGGGAUAUUAUAUUUAAAAACGAGUUCCGCACCUCUUAGUCAUAAUGUGUUUUAACGGAAAUUAAGUGGCACUGAGUAGCUCAAGUUUAGAUGUCCUUUUUUUUCUUGAUAAAGGUGAAAAUACCAACUGUAGUUUUCAAAUUACACAUAGAUCAUGAUUUCUUAUAAUUUUAUUGUAUUUAAUCCUGAACUUUUAGCGAUCAAAUCUGAGAAAUGUAAUAAUUAUCAGUCAAUUAGUAAAAAAAAGUAGAUACAAUUUAAAUCCACAGAUUAAAAUAUUUGAUUGUCUUUUAUAACUGCUUGGUAGUGAAAUAAUCAAGUUGGUAUUUUUGCCGAUCAUGUUAUUUUAAAUGAACCAAUUAUUGUUUUAAGCUAGAUCUUCCACUUGGAUGAAAACUCAAAUAAAACGCUUAUAAAAACUAAGAUAUCCUAAGAAAGUUUUAAGCACAGUCUCGAACUUUAAGGAAUCUAGUUUUGUUUAUUUAUCAACUGUGUAAAUCUUCUCUUUUAAUUGUUAGAAAAUAAGUUUAUGUU